AUGCCGCCUCUCCUGGUCACCCUGUUCCUCCUUCAUUCCUGCUUCCUCCGAGGAAAUGGCCACCUCCGGGAAGGCCUGACGUUGCUCAAGACAGAGUUUGCACUUCGCCUCUACCAGAGUGUGGCAGCGGGUAGAAACGGGACAAACUUUGUCAUCUCUCCUGCUGGUGUGUCCCUCCCGCUAGAGAUCCUGCAGUUUGGGGCAGAAGGAAGCACGGGCCGGCAGCUGGCAGAUGCUCUGGGGUACACUGUCCAUGACCAAAGGGUGAAAGAUGUCCUGCACGCCGUUUAUGCCGCACUACCCAACUCCAGCCAAGGUGCCGACGUGGAGCUGGCCUGCAGCCUUUUUGUGCAGGCAGGGACGCCCUUGUCCCCAUGCUUUGUGGAGCAGGUCUCCUGGUGGGCCAACAGCAGCCUGGAGCCAGCCGAUCUCACCGAGCCCAAUGGCACCACCAUCCAGGCCAGCGAAGGGACCUCCAGACAGACCACAGGUGAGGCCCCGCCAUGGGAACAGGUCAGUGCUGCAUUCGCUCAACUGGUGCUGGUGAGCACCAUGUCCUUCCAAGGCACUUGGCGAAAGCGGUUCUCCUCCACUGACACGCAGCUCCUGCCUUUCACCUGUGCCCACGGCCUCAUCCUCCAGGUCCCCAUGAUGCAUCAAAUGGCCGAGGUCAACUACGGUCAGUUCCAGGAUGCUGCAGGCCAUCAGGUGGGCGUGCUGGAGCUGCCAUACCUGGGAAGCGCAGGGAGUCUGUUCCUGGUGCUGCCCCGUGACAAAGACGUUCCGCUGGGCCAUGUUGAGCCACACCUCACAGCCAGCAUCAUCCACUUCUGGACCACCAGCCUGCGGAGAACCAGGAUGGAUGUGUUCCUACCCAGAUUCAAGAUCCAAAAUCAAUUCAACUUAAAAAGCAUUUUAAACUCUUGGGGCGUCACUGAUCUUUUUGAUCCACUGAAAGCUAACUUGAAAGGAAUUUCAGGACAAGAUGGCUUUUAUGUUUCUGAAGCAAUCCACAAGGCUAAGAUCGAGGUUCUAGAGGAAGGUACCAAGGCAUCUGCAGCUACAGCUCUGCUGUUACUGAAAAGGUCGCGGAUUCCUAUUUUUAAAGCAGAUCGGCCAUUCAUCUUUUUCCUGAGAGAACCCAACACAGGUAUUACAGUAUUUUUUGACAGGAUUCAGAUAAAUUAAAUAUUUAUCAGUGUCUCUCUGGCAACAAGGGCUCAUUUGUCCACUACAGCCUAAAACAAGCAUUCCUUCUAGCUGUUUCUAUGGUGCCUCAGAAGCCUCCCAAGUUGCUGUGUCUUGUAUCCUGAGAAAGGGGACUAUUUCAUAAGUACAAAGGAAGCUAUUAUCCCCCAUGCUUUCUGCCUUCUCAUUCUCUCAGCUCAAUUAUAGUUGAGGUCGAUUUUUAAAAAUUCAGAUUUCUACUUCUUGAAAGACUUGGAAAAAUCAUGAAAGUAAAAUAAAUUCUAAAUCUUGCUUUUUUCCCCGCUGUCCUCCACCUUUCUUGUCAUUUUAGGAAAUCACUAGAGUAUAACAGAGUGACUCUAGUAUUCUAGUGACUCUAGCAUUCUAGUGACCACCUCUAGAUUUCUAUACUGUUUUCU